AUGGCUACCCGAAGGGAUUAUUUCAUAGACACCUCGGCCGUAACAGACGAGGCCGCAGAAGACGCUAUGGUACUAUCUGGGGCUGUUAGCCCUGAUCCCCUACUCCAGGGAGGACCCUCUACACAAACUAGGUCAACGAGUAAACGCUCUGCUCAAGCCCAGUUUACGAGGUCCAUGCAGGAGUUUCUGGAUACCCAUGAGGCACAAAUGAGGUAUCUUGGUACAGCUGGACAGGCCGUUUGGCAGCAGCUACAAAACCUCCAGGAACAAGUGCAAGGGAGUGGGCAGAUCCUGGACAAGAAAGUACGGCAAGAAGCCAUCGCCCAGAAGCAAUAUCUCGAAUCGCUCUUUGAGCUCGUCGAAAAUGUUCGACAAGUACAGGAAGCCGCACGAGCCGCCGACCACGAGGUUCUGGAUCGUAACCAUCGAAUUACCCAGAACCAACUGUUGGAGGCGGAACGACAGCUGAGAGUUGCAAGAGAAGAGCGAGAGCAGGAAAAAAGGGAACAGCGGGAACUGUUGGCACAAUUUAAGCAGUCUGAUGACGUAAGAAACCAACGAAUAGCCGAAAUGGAGGAACGACUACGACAACAUAUGUCGGUAGCACCCUCCAUGGUUA